UUCCCACAAAAUUUGUCAUUUAUUUCAUCUGUUGUGUCUAUAUAUUGUCAAAAUUCAUGAGACCUUGUUUCUUGUUUGCCAAAACGUGGGAAAAAAAAAAAAGAAAUCGGAAUUCUAGAGGCAUGAGCUGUAAAAUUUAGCUUGCUUUAGGGCAACUUUCUGUGCUAAUGUUGUCUGCCACAUACUUGCUUGGUGCCCUUGGGGUUUAUUGUCUUUUCCUUAUCCUCUAUUCAUGAAUUAUUAGUCAGAGAUCCAACUUUUAGUAAACCUGAUUCAGAAAAACCAAAUCUAUUCAGAGUCAUUGAUCUGAAACCUGUGAUCUGGAUACUGUUCCAUCCUUGAAUCUAUCCAUGCCCCUUUUCUCUCUUUUGCACACCUGAAGGUAAGAUUGGCCCCUAGAUCUGUAAUCUUUUAUUUUGGACUUUCAUCAGCUUGUUGGAUCCAGGUUCUUCCAAACAGAAACGAGAUGGCUUCACAUGUCCAUUCCUGUGCACGUGAGAGACAUCCAUUUGUCCUCGAUAAAAAUGAGUCCUUGAGGUGUCAGCCAAGGCAUGUUCCAUCGUCCAAAGUUUGUUGUUGUUUGAUCCAUGUUAAAAUAUGCACUGUCUCACGUGUUUUCACAUGCAAAUCAGGUCUUCUAAAAGUAGUUUUAUCGAUAAUUGAAUCUUUCAAGCAUUUCAAUAUCAGGGCUUAAAAUGAAAAGCUGUGAACUCAGAAAAACCAAAUUCUACUAAAAUGCAAUACUCACUUUUGGGAUAAGAAAAUCUUCAAAACCUUCUGUAUUUAUUCUUUUGUUCUUUCGAGUUGAGAUCCAAAACUAGUUGACUUCCAUGGACAACCUAGAUUUUCAGUGUAGGAUGUGCAAUGACGAUGAUCAUGGCUGGUACUUUUGGAAAGAGUGGAGCUUGUCAGCUUAGGAUUUUCAUGGCAAAUUUGACCUAUGAAUCUCUAGCCUUCCUUUCAUGCCCCAGCUUUUCGUUGCAUGGACAUAUGUUCCAUAGAUCGAUAUCAUCUUCCUUUUUCCUGUUCUUUCUUUUAUGUUUCAAAAUCUAAAUCAUUUCUACUCAUCAAAGUUGCUUGAAAGAAUACCCUUUUGCCUCUUUUAUAACAAUAGGUUUUUGUUAAGACUUCGACAGGAAAAUUACAUUUGCCUAUCAGAACCCGUGUUUUCUGAUAGAUAGUGAUAUAAGUCUUCCCUUAUCUCUAUUUUUUUUUUUUUUAAAUUUUCAGUCAUUGAAAUUCAUCUCUAAUUGGCUUAUUGCAUGUGGAUUUCACCAAGUUGUCUAAUCUCAUCAAGUUGGUUCCCACGUAGGCAGCUGAGUUGGCAAUGGCAAUUCACAUGUUCUGUCUAGAAAAUCUUCAUGAGAGCAAGGAAUUUUGAUCAUCAUAUCAUAAUUUACAUGAAGGAAAACGUUAGAAAAUUGGGGCCUAAUUUUUGUCAAUGGAGGGUCCCCAAACGCGACCUUACCCAAUUCUUUGUUAUGGUAGGGCAGGAAUGUCUAUAAAUCAGCCAAUGCAUGCAUGUGUUUGUGCAUAUGCUUUAUGUAUUUCUCUUUUCUGGUUCCAUCAGGCGUUGAUGAGACUGAUUUCUGCAAUACGAACCUCUCUAUUGUGUUCUAGUCCCUCAAUAGUACUAUGACUUUAUCAUAAAAUAUGCAAUAAAGGUCCAAAUUGUAGUUAAACAGAAUUUAUAGAUGCUACUGCUAAUGUUUAUGUAAAAUGCAGUGAUUCCAAUCUUGAUUUUGUUCGCGAAAAAGGGCAGCAGAAGCAAUUUAAGAGUGCAGAAAAACUCAAUCGGGGGUUGAUUUUGGCACAUUAGCUGCUCAUAUUUUCUAUCAAUAAAGAAAUUAACCAAGAAAGAUGACAAACAAUGGUACCACAAUCAAGGACAAAGUAAUGUUGUGCAUUCCCGUUCCUGGUCUGUGAAUUCUAAGCAACUUUGUUCCAAACUUGAGGACCAUAUGCACAAAAUGUUUGUGUGUCCAUGAUCUACCGAGGCAUUCAUGGGAUAGGAGAAUGAAUAUCACAGAGCUAGCAUCAUCCAAUUGCUACACAUGUAUCUAGAUAAGGAACAAAUUAAGUGUCCUGUCAAAGCACAUGUAUGAUGGACUUGUAUGCAUAUUUUUCAGCAUAUAAAAGCAGGUUUGAAGGCCCCAAAGUUCUAUAAACUAUAUGAGUGGUGGCUCUGCAAUCAACGGCAACUGAAAACUUGGGGAUAGAUAGCCACCCCCUAAUCAGUCGAAUCAAAGCCCAAGGCUAGGUGGUUACCAAACAGCUGGAACCAGAUAAAAAUAUACAAUAUCUUUGUCAUCCUCAAGAAUCCUGUCUUUGAGAGUCUUUGAAGAAAAAGCAAAAAAAGCACUUAUUUUUAAACCUUUUUUCUUUUGUGUAUGGAUCCAAAAUAUUCACUCUCUCGCAGUGAGCUCUUUUUUUAAUUGGUCAGUUAUGUUGAACUGAUUGCCUAUUGACAUGGCAUCUCUGAUCAGUAAGCUCUACUUGAGAGCUUUAUUCUUGUUCAUCUGGCUACUUGUUGCUUCACUUGGACGGAACUUGCUGAGCUGUGAAACUACAUCUCCAGAUGCAUCCGGGUACCGUUGCAGUGUAAAUGGAUCAGCGGAUCAAUGUGGCACGUUUGCAGUGCUUCGGACUAAUUCAUGCUACUCAUCUCUUUCCAAUCUGAGCUUUUAUUUAGGCCUCAACAAAUUUGCAAUUGCUGAAGCUAAUGGCUUCUCUGCACAAACAGAGUUUCUGCCAAGAGAUCAGCCUUUGUUGUUGCCAAUUGAUUGUAAAUGCAACAAUGGUUUCUUCCAUGCCGAUUUAACAAAAAAUACAAUCAAAGGGGAGAGUUUUUAUGAUAUUGCUGAGUCACUGGAAGGCUUGACAACUUGCAAAGCUAUUCGAGAGAAGAAUCCUGGUGUCUCACCAUGGGGUCUUGAUGACAAAGUUCGGAUACUGAUACCAUUAAGAUGCUCAUGUCCAUCAGCAUCUGAAGUCACUUCAAAAGCAAGGCUCGUACUUUCUUACCCUGUAAGUCAAGGUGAUACGAUUUCUAACUUGGCUAUUGCCUUCAAUACAACUUCAGAAGCUAUAAUAUCUGCCAAUAACAGAUCUUUAGGGGCCUUCGAACCUGAAAGUUUAGUACCCCUUACAUCUCUUUUGAUUCCGCUCAAUGGUAAGCCUCUUCUUGGUUCACUAGCAAAACCUAGUGAGCCUAGUCUGCGUUUUCCUGAAACCAGCAUCCCAAUACUUAAUCCUCAUAAGAAGAAGUCAAGGAUGUGGAAAGUCGGAGUUUAUAUUGCUUUAAGUGGAAUCGUAGUUGGAGCUAUCAUUGCUGUUGCAGCAACCUUAUUGCUGAUCCAAUUGAAAAGGAAGAAGAAGCAAAAUUUAAGCAAGGAUGCAGAUGUGGAACUGCAGCAGCUUAGUUUAAGUGUAAGAACUGCAAGUGAGAAGAAAGUCUCUUUUGAGGGAUCCCAGCAGGAUGCUCUAGAUGGUCAGAUCAUUGGCAGUGUUACUCCCCGAAAGGCGCAGGUGGACAUGUACACCAUAGAGGAGCUUAGAAAAGCUACUGAGGAUUUCAAUCCGAGUAAUCAGAUAGAAGGAAGUGUGCAUCAUGGUCGUCUCAAUGGUAAAAACUUGGCGAUAAGGGGCACAAGAACAGAAAUUAUUUCAAAGGUUGAGCUUAAACUCUUUAAUGAUGCAAAUCAUCAGCACCCAAACAUAAUUAGACUGUUGGGGACCUGUGUGACUGAGGGCUCCAGUUCGUUUUUAGUCUUCGAAUAUGCUAAAAAUGGCUCCUUGAAGGACUGGCUACAUGGUGGAUUGGCAAUGAAAAAUGAGUUCAUAGCCUCCUGUUAUUGCUUUUUGACAUGGAAGCAGAGGCUGAGGAUCAGUCUUGAUGUAGCAGUGGCAUUACAAUAUUUGCAUCAGAUUAUGAAUCCAUGCUAUGUUCAUAGAAAUGUCAAGAGCAGAAAUAUCUUCCUGGAUGAAGAUUUCAACGCAAAGAUAGGAAACUUUGGUAUGGCAAGGUGUGUUGAAGAUGAUAUCAAGUAUCCUGAUCUUUCAACUAACCCCGCCACUUGGAGCCUGGGUUAUCUAGCUCCUGAAUAUCUUCAUCAAGGCGUGAUUUCCCCAGGUAUUGACAUUUUUGCUUAUGGGAUAGUUUUGCUUGAGAUUUUAUCCGGGCAAACACCAAUAAGCAGACCUGAUAAGAAGGGUGGAGGGAAUGUUUGGCUUUCAGAGAAAAUCAGGUCCAUAUUGCAGUCAGCAAGUGCAGAUGCGCUAAGGGAAUGGAUGGACAGUGCAUUAGGGGAGAAUUACUCAUUUGAUGCAGCUGUCACAUUGGCAAAUCUUGCAAGAGCUUGCACAGAAGAAGAUCCCUCUUCGAGACCAAAUGCCGGAGAGAUUGUUGAGAAGUUAUCGAGAUUGGUGGAAGAAUCACCAGAAGGGGAAAAUAUGUUGAUCUGUGAAAGCUCUUGCAAACCUUUGGUAAAUGCAUCAUCAACAACCAAUCUGUGAAUAAUCUAUUAAUGGAUCCAAAAUAGCCACUUUUAGUUCUAAUUUUUCAGCUGUUUCGAAAUGUUUUGCAGUCCUUGGCUCGUAGCCUCUUGUCUUCUUGAUAAGAGUAGUGGGAUCCUGUAAAUAUGUAAUUAAGAAACUGAAUUGGACAAACAAGGCAGGUUUCUACUUUGUAGUUUGUAUUCUCUACAUUUCCUGAAAUAAUAAAUCAU